AUAUUCUUUCAUUGAUUUAUGAGCUAAUUUUUCAUAGUUGUUAUAUAUGGCACCAUUUUAACCAUUUACCACAUAUGUAUAAUAUCGGGGAAAGGACAGCAUUCGGGGACCUUUUACGUGUUUGAGGUCAACUUCCGGUUGUACUUUCACUUUCUAGGCAACUGAACUAUCUGUUGACGUGUGAAAUAUCUUGGAGCUAAAAUGGCACUAGAUACCUUUGAUGUAGCCGAAUUCCAAAAGCAUUUGACUGCAAAUGAAUUUGGAAAGAAAUUCACAUAUAAAGAUAUAACAGAGACAACGAUGGAUGAUGCAUUGAAGGCUGCAAAUGAAGGAGCACCUAACGGGACUGCCAUUAUGGCUGAGCAACAAUCUAAAGCUAGAGGAAUGAAGAAUCGUAAGUGGAAUGCACAGUACACUGGAAACAUAUACAUCUCCUAUGUCUACCACAGAGAGGCUGUUUUUGAGGAUCCAAGGAAGGAUGAAAAUAUGAUGGAGGUCGCAGGAGCACUGGCUGUUUAUAUGACACUUGCUGACUUGGGUGUGGAGGGUAUCAACAUCAAAUGGCUGAAUGAUAUCUGGGUCAGAGGUCAUAAGAUGGCAGGAAUAUUGGUAGAGGAUAAAGGACCUUUACCUUUUGAUAAAACAAAGCGUUUGUGUAUCGUUGGUAUUGGUGUGAAUGUGAAUGCUGAUGUGCGUCGACACCCUGAGCUACACACGAUAUCUACCAGUGCCCGUAGUCAGCUGAACGGCAGUAUUGUGAACCGAGAGCACUUCCUGGCAAAAAUGAGCAAGUACCUAGAGGAGUGCAUGUCCCUGACACAGGAGGACUUGUUCCAGAAUGCCAUCAAAUAUCAACUGUUCCAGCUCAAUGAGCCAGUCAGGAUUCACAGUAUGUUAAAUCAAAAAGUGACUGAUGGAACCCUGGUGGAAUUUCUCGACAACUGGUCAAUCAAACUAAAAGAUGAGAGUGGUGAGGUAUGGACAGCAAUGUCUGACCACUAUUCCAUCCGACCAUGUGCGACCUCUACAGUGUAUGUAUACAACGGGAAGAUGGCAUGUCCCUGGAGCUCAGUAGCCAUGCUGAAGUGUCUGUCUUCCCUUGUAAACAUCACUCACACAACCAUCUCCCUGCUCAAUGACACCAAACUGAAGGAAGGACUGUGGAAAAAAGAUGCUGCUUUAUUGGUCAUUGGAGAGGUUUCCAUGGAUACUCAAGAUAUCGACUCUGCUCAUCAAUCAUUUACAGAUAUACUGAACUUCAUAGAAAAUGGUGGAGUAGUGAUGAUGAUGGGAAAUGUGUCCGGAUUUUUUACCUCCUACCUACAGUCUGGGUCAUCUACAGAAACCACCUGUAGCUUGCAGCCAACGCAUGGAGGAUCUGCCGAUACUGCUGUGCCAGGUCGCUUGGUUAGCCUGAACUUGAAGUGUGGAGACCUUGGUCAGGUAUUCGGGUACAGUAUCAACAAGGAAAAUAUCACAUUCCAGGAAACAACAGGACAGUCCCCAGAAGUUCUUGCUUGCUAUGGAAAUGGUGAGGCAGCUGUGCUUGUUUCUACAUAUGGCAAGGGCUCCUGUGUGUUGAUAGGUUUCAAUGCUGAGAUAACUUACACGGAAGACUGUGUUAGCUUGUCGGAUGCAGAGCUGAAUAGCCUGCGAGACACUGUGUUUGUAAGGGACGAACUUAUGCUCUGUAUCCUUAAAAGGUUUGGAUUGUGAUUGCUUUGACUAUGCAUCUCUUCCAAACAUUCACAAAGAUCGGCUUAACCAAUUCUAAAUUCCUAUUAGUAUAUAAGAACCUUGCCUUAAAAAAUCUAGUGAGUUUCAAUAUGAAUAGCUGAUGAUGUUAUAUGAUACUGCUUUGAUUUGGCUUAUCCGAGGACUGAUAUAUAUUUUUGGUGAAUUGACCUUUUUAUCAUUCUUCACUUGAUGUUUCAUUUUUUUUAACAAAACAUCCCAAAUGCCAAGUGUACAGGUACGAUCAAAUCUUUUACACUGAAUAUAUUGUCAGUGAACUUAGAAAGGUUGAGACUUAAGUUGAACGAUGAACAUUUAUUUCAAGUUUCUUGACAUUCGGAUAAUUUAAGUCUCUCUCUUUAGAAUUUGUAGAAAUAGUAACCUUGUUUUUGACCCCUGAUAUGGCAAACUUGUACAAUAGAUUAUGUUUGUGAACAUGUACUUAAAAGUUUCAUAACAACAGCAUUAAAAGUUUAAUAACAACAGCAUUAAAAGUUUCAUAACAACAGCAUUAAAAGUUUCAUAACAACAGCAUUUAAACUAAAAAUAAACUUUGAAUGAGAACUUCUGUAGAGCAAUGGCGCAGAAAUUCUAUUUUUACUACCAGACCUUGUUUUAAGCACAAGAAGACUGAACCACAAAAUCUUACUAGAGAAUUUUUUUGUUAACGCGUACAGAGUUUCCAGAGAAUAGGAUCUGAAUUCUUUAGAGCAAUGACACCAAAUUCCAUGUUUACAGUUGUCAGAGUGAUCUUGUCUUUCACCCCGAACCUCAGAAAGCAAACCUGUGCAAGAUUUGAUGUUUGUGAACACAUGUAUUGAAGUUUCAUAACAUUUGGAAAAGAGAUUAAGUUGUAGAGGAAUGAUGCAAAAACUCUGUUUAUAGUAACAACAAAUGAAAUCUUGAGUGAUGACAUUAUACUGUACUGUAAUAAUUACCUUGGUAUAUUAGAAAUGUAUGGCGUCAUCCUUUUCUUAUUGUAUGUUGCUACACUUACACUAUCUAAAAACAGGAGGAAAACGUUCAGAUUUGAAGAAUUUCCUGCAGAAAAUCAGUAAAUUUAUAUCUCAAAGGAGAAUUUUAAGAGACGGGCGAAUUUUUUCUCCAGAUAAAAUUUACUAAAAAAAAUCAGUUAAGUCUUUGGUUUGGUAGAUUGGUUCCUGCUUGUAGUUGUUCUACCUCAAUUUAACUAUAGCCUGCUUGAAUUUGAAAAUAAAGUGGGGGUUUUUUAUCAAAAUUUGGGAGAUAUUCCUCAAUUUUACUUCAUUUUUGUCUCUCAAGCAGGUUUGACUGUACCUUAAUGGAAACAGUAUCUUAAUUUGUUUAACGUAAUUAUGAAAACUAGAGUACAUUAACACUGUUUGUUUUUAUCUCCUGUGGUACAUGCUUGACGGCCAUC